AUGGAGUUCGAUACCGUGCCUACAGAUGUUUUAGACCUGUUGUUUGAUGGCCACUGUGGAUUGAUGAAAGAUGAUGUACCCAUUAUUCCACACAUUCACAUCAAUAACAACAAUAUUGGGAAACGGGAUUUCGCUGAGGCAAACUUAAACUAUAAUACCGAACAAGACAGUAUAUUUCACAAUAUUAGUUUUGGUGAUUUUGAUCUACUGAGCGAUAACCUGUUUGAGAGCCUGAUCAAUGCAGCCCAGCCAGAUCCUGUGUUAGAUGACUCCCUGAAUAGAAAGAAAACUUUUCACUCUGACCACGACUACAUCGCUCACACAUCCCCCAGCGAGCAGAGUGACAGUGAUGUUUCUGUCGUCUCAGAUGACUCCAGUUCUGUCUUGAGGCUGAGUCUGAACUCAGAAAAUAAUAACAUGACUGAUGAUCAACUGGAACUCUUCGCCUCCCCAAGGUACUCAACAGCAGACUAUCCUAACUAUGCCAGGGGAACCAGCUUCCCUCAGUACACAGACAAUAUGCCCUAUAACAUGCUCAAGAUGCAUGAUGCCAGUGUGGGUAUGGUCAAGGCUGAGAGUAUCAGCUACAGCCACAUGUUGAACAAAGUGUCUGGCGGCAGUGAAAGUAUAGGCUACACCUCCUGCGGAAAUGAUGAUGAGGAUGAUGAUGAUGCAUCAGAGGAUUUUGAUAUUAAUCACUUAGAUACAGAACCACACUCCUGUGAUCAACACACUUGUGGCACUCAGUCUGUCUUGGUUGUCAAUGGAGCAAAUAAGACUUUAAUUCCCAUCCAGCGAACAAACAAGAAGGAAGGAAUGUUGCCUAUGACAGGCAGUGACGUUGAUCCUCUUAGUGUCAAUUGUAACAAUUUUCCUGAGCUCCGUUUGACUGAUGAAGAGAAAGAGUUGCUAGCAAAAGAAGGCGUUAGUCUCCCAUCUAAUCUUCCUCUUACCAGAGAUGAAGAGAGAGUUUUGAAGGCCGUCAGAAGGAAGAUCAGGAACAAGAUAUCAGCCAAAGAAAGCAGAAAGAGAAAACAAGGAUAUGUUGAUGGACUUGAACAACGUGUCAAGCUGUGCACGCAGGAAAAUCGGCAACUACAACAGAAAGUCGACUCCUUGGAAAAGCAGAAUGUUUCCUUGAUCGCCCAGCUAAAGAGGUUACAGUCUAUUGUUGGAAAAUCAAAUGUUCCGGUGCAAGCUUCAACAUGUGCCAUGGUACUGUUGCUGUCAUUUGCACUUUUGGUGGUUCCAACGUUGAGUCCAUUUGGCUCUGGUCAUGAGAAUGACACUCCGGCUUCAAGAAAUAUGGCUGUCAGAGGAAAGGCACGUAGCUUGCUUCAGCACAACGAUGUUGGGAUGGGUGAUCUGGAUGAAGACCCCUACGGUGUAAGUUCUCCUGGAGGGGCACGCUGGACCAAGAGACCCUUCCCACAGACUUUUGCCUUUAGGUCAGAGGAAGCACCCAGUCCCCCUAGAGAUGAUUCAAAUGCUGUUUGGUCUCAGAGUAAACUAACGAAAGAUUAUUUGGAUGCUGUUAGAUCUCAGAGUAAACUCCAGAAAGAUGAUUCUGAUGCUGUUUGGUCUCAGAGAAAACUAAUGAAAGAUGAUUCAAAUGCUGUUUGGUCUCAGAGUAAACUAACGAAAGAUUAUUCGGAUGCUGUUUGGUCUCCGAGUAAACUAAUGAAAGAUGAUUCAGAUGCUGUUUGGUCUCAGAGUAAACUCCAGAAAGAUGAUUCAGAUGCGGUUUGGUCUCCGAGUCAACUAAUGAAAGAUGAAUCUGUGCAAGAUUCAUGGGUUGUGAAGAACAAAGCCUCGCCUGUUUUAUCCCCUGGCGUCGCAGCUGAGCUGAUGGCUGUUUAUGAGUUCUCUCUGAAUUCUGAAAGUUACCACAGAAAGCUGGUGGUCAGUGACCAUAAUUCAUCAGAAACAUUCACUAAUUUGAAAAUGGCAAUAAAAAACAGGAUAUAA